AUCUACAUUGUCAAGAUGAAGCUAGAAAGCGACAUGAGCGGGUGGAGGGAGGUGGACUUUGUCCUCAACUGCACCUACAUUGUUCCGGACCAGGUGUCGGACCCCAGCUUCAACCUGCCCAAAGCCAUGACCUCCAUCCCACGCAACCUCACCUUCGAAUACGGCGCGGACAAUGAGGUGAUGGGUGUGUUCAGCAAAGAAUACAUUCCUCAGGGGACUCGCUUCGGCCCUCUGCAAGGAGUCAUCUACACCAAAGAUAAUGUCCCAAAACAGGCCAACAGGAAAUACUUCUGGAGGAUUUAUAGUAGCGGGCAGCUUCAAAACUUCAUUGAUGGCUAUGACGUCCAGAGAAGCAACUGGAUGCGCUACGUCAAUCCAGCCCGCUCUCUGGCCGAACAGAACCUGGUGGCAUGCCAGAAUGGCCGGGACAUCUACUUCUACACCAUCCGACCAGUGGAGCCCAGUCAGGAGCUGCUGGUGUGGUACAGCCAGGAGUUUGCCCAGAGGCUCUGCGGCCAGCAGGUCGACAGCAAACAAAAAUAUUUAAAUUCUGAUGAAGAGUCGGAAUACAUCAAACAGCACCUACCUCAGCAGACGUGGCUUACAGAGCGAACAAAGCAGGAGAUGAAAGAAGAGAGUGAUGAAGACGGAGAGGAGAAGAUUGAUGUGGAGGUGCUGGAAAGAGACACUCCACCUGACACGCCUGACGACCAGAUCAUGGAUUUCAGCAAAAAAGUUGAAAAGGAGGAGAACGACAGAGAUCAAGAAGACCAGGGGAUCAUUCCUUCUCCUCAGCCAGAGCACAGAGAGCCCACCCUGGGCUUAAAUCACUCGUAUUUACCAGAACACCAUCCUGCACUCUCAUCUCAGCACAGAAAUCUCCCUCUUCACCUCCACGGCCUGUACAGGGAAGGCGUUUCCUCUUACCCCCUUUACCCCCAGCCCAGACCCCUCCAGCCCAAUUACCAGCUCCUUCCCCCCUACAACCCACACUAUCCUCGCCUCCUCCUACCCUCCUACUCCCCUCCCUUCCCUGGCAUGCUGCCCUCAAGAGGAGCCCUCCGAUACAGCAGCUAUCUGGGCACAGACGGACUCCCAUAUCCACCCAUUGGCCCACCUAACCUGCUGCCAGUGUCCCUCCCUUACCCUCCAUCUUCACAGGGAGGUCUGAAAGAACUAAAGCCAAAUGUGUCGCCACCACGAGGCGCCCCAGCCACCCCAGAGCUCUCCCCCCUCCCCAAGCCUGACAGUCAACAUCAGUCGACUGAGCAGUCGCCCUCCGGUUGCGAGGAAGCCAUGAAUCUGAGCCUGGCUACGAUCAAAAGCAACACAGCAACACGCAAUGGCCCCGGCCACAAAUCCCUGCCCUACCCACUGCAGAAGCAGAAUGGGAAGAUCAAGUAUGAAUGUAAUAUCUGCUCAAAGACUUUCGGACAGCUGUCAAACCUCAAGGUCCAUCUCCGAGUGCACAGUGGUGAGAGGCCGUUCCAGUGUAACCUAUGUAAAAAGAGCUUCACUCAGCUGGCUCACCUCCAGAAACAUCACCUGGUCCACACAGGAGAGAAGCCGCAUGAAUGUCAGGUGUGUCACAAACGCUUCAGCAGCACCAGCAACUUGAAGACACACCAACGCCUCCACUCGGGGGAGAAACCUUACCAGUGCAAGCUGUGCAGCACCAAGUUCACCCAGUACAUCCACCUCAAAUUGCACCGCCGCCUCCACAGCAGCCGUGACAGGCCCCACCGCUGCCAUCUCUGCUCCCAGGCCUUCUUCCACCGCUUCUCUCUCCGCAUCCACCAAUGCAGCUGCUGCCUGGCCAACGCUCCGGUCAACGUGCACAUGAAACAGAUGGUGGAGCGGUUCGACGCCAGCCAGGAGGCUGACAUGCUCACAGAGGCUGCGUCAGCAGCGCAGGUGGAGGAAGCGGUGGAGUGCUGGUUGGCUCGUACCUUAGAGGGCGAGGGGAAGGAGGACCAGAAGGAGGCCACUGUACUGCUGAAGGCUCUGACAGUGGCGAUUAACACACCGGCGAUGCCCUCAGCCCAAUCAGCUACAUCACACCACAGCCCUCACCUGGCCUAUCAGGAGAGGGCCAGCGUUGUUCAUCUCCACCAACGGCCAGCAGUGAAGACAGAGGGACAGUGAAUUGAAAGAGUAUAAAAAGGACAUACCAUCAACAAAGAAAACAGAUGUCGCCAAAUAAAACUCCCUACAUUGUCUAUGAAGGGCAUUAAAGGGAAUAAAAACUUUGAUAAUCCAAUCAGCGCAGCACCAAAAGAAGAGCAUUCCAAAGACUGGGCGAGGGUACUCACUGAUUUACUUCCUUGCAAAACUUAAAAAAAUUCAAACAGAGGAGGAUGUUGUUAAACUGUGAAUUAUUUAAAAUUCUUCUCACUCAGGUAGAGAAAUGUUUGCUUUUUUGUGCUUUAACUUAUUACUUUUAUUUUGAAAUUUGAGUCAUCUCUAUUUAUUUAGUUGUAUCAUAGCUUGUUUUUUCUGUUAGUGUUUGUUUUUUACGCCUAUGUGUUGAUAUUUCCAAGGAGAUUCGAAUCUCCUAGGAAAACCGCAACUGGACUCAGGAUGAUGUAAUUAUGUGGCACAGACCUGUGAAUGAGUUUUCACUUGUUAAACUGUGCAUUCUUUUACUUUGUGUGACUGUGUGUUUGAGCUUCUGGGUGCAUGUGUACAACGAGUGGAAGUACAUGUGAACCGACAGGGCAUGGUGAUGGCACAAACCAACUUUCUGCUCUUAAGCUGUUUGCAACUGUUUUAUUUAUUUAUGAUUUUUUAAAAAAAAGGGAAAAAACAGUAUUUUUUUUUUCUCGAAACUGUGUGUAAAUAAGCAAUUGCCAAAAUUACAAUCCAAUAACUUGAAUGUGUAGCACUGUUUUUGGAUCAUUAUUCAACUAAUUCUAACAAAAGAAGGUUCAGAAAAAGCAUUAUUCACAUUUUCUCUUGAUUAUACAUCGACUUCUCACAGCUAAUUACAAAGACACACUGUGCUGAACAAAACCAAAUGUAUGGAAAAGUCUUGCUGCCAUGCCAGAAUUAAAAAAACAGAUCAGUACCGGGUCAUAACGUGAAAAAUGUAUCGUCAUAAUAAGAUGUUUUUCACGUUUUAACAAGAUAUUUUAAGGUUAUAACAAUAAAUGAUCAUGUUUCAUGAUGAAAUGUAUACAUCAUAACAAGAUAAAUAGUAUAUGACAAUGACAAUAUCUUGUUAUAACAUUAAAAAAUGCGGGAUCUGUCGGUUUAUUUUUAGCGUGGCAGCAGAAAUCCACAGUACAAAUGCCACCAAAAGACACAAAACUACAGACUGGAUAUAAUAACAGUAACACAUAUGUAUACAAGAUCUUUGGAGAAAUGGCUUUCAUUCUUUCUUACUGCAACGUUUUUAUGUCGAAACCUAACGCUGAAUAUCUAAGUGGAUUGGUAUGUAGCUUUUUACUGGAUUCAAAUGUUUCAGAUAUUUCUUACAUACAAAGCUUUACUGUAAAUGUUUGUAAACUCGAGCUUCGUCCAAAUCUUAAACCGACAUCGGUACCUCAUGUUCAGCAUCUGACAACAAAAAACAGCAACGCAGGAGCACAAUAUUCUAACACUGUUCAUAUUUCCGUCUCUUAGCACUGUAAUAAAAACGCAGCUAGAUCUGCGUGCUUUUGGUAGCCAAAAACAGCAGGUGGGUACUAUUCUUGAAAAUUGUACUACUGAGUCUGUAAUGUACUACUUUUAUCAUUUCAUAGCAGUUUUUUCUUUUGUACAAUAUGUUUGUCACUGUAGUGUAUUUUUGGAAACAGGUUAUGAGAUGUUGAGAAUUUAUAUGCAAGAGACUAUUUUGACAAUACUUUUAUAUUUACAUGAUGUAGCAUAUUAAAGAUAUUGUUUCUAUA